CAGGCGUGUUGACGGUUGACUCCUGUAGCCCCGCCCCCUGUGCCCUCAGCUCUACUUCCUGUUAACAUAACUUCAGUGAACAGAAUACAGCAGGACAGCGUUCACACAAACGGCAGCUCACACCUGAUGAACACAAAGCCGCCCGGGACUGGUCAUGACACAGCAGGAGCAGCAGGAGUUCAAGGAGAGCCUGGAGGCGGCCCUCUCCUGGAUGCGGGUCGUCCAGGAAAGGCUGAAGGCCAACGACAACACCCAGGGACCCCGUGACGCGCUGGAGGGCCGACUCAGGGAGACAGAGAAAAUCCACCACUCGGUGCAUGAGGGCCGUGUGAAGAUGGACAUGGCGCUGGUGGCCGCUGAGAACAUUUUGAAGAGCGAAGAUGAAGAGCUGAGGAACCACACCCACGCUCAGCUCAAAGACCUGAAAAGCCUGUGGGAAGAGACCUCCACCUACAUCAUCCACUGCCACAGUCGUAUAGAGUGGGUGUGGCUGCACUGGGGCGAGUACAUGAAGGCCUACGAGGAGUUUGAGCUGUGGCUGACCAGGCAGCAGUGCAGCCUGGACGUGGGGGUGGAGCUGCAGCUGGGGGUGAAGGAGAAGCUCUGGCAGGUGGACCAGCAGAGGGUGGUGCUGAGCGACAUCCACGGCCAGGCGCCGCUCCUGGAGAGGCUGCUGGACGAGGCUUCCGCGCUCCACAACAGAACCCAGGACCCCAGCGUGGAUCCCCAGGCCCAGGAGAGGCUGCAGGAGGACUACAACGACGUCAGAGACCGAGCAGAGGAGCGUCUGUCACUGCUUCAGAAGAUGGCUGAGGAGCACCAGACGUACCAAGGCUGCGUUCACAAGUUCCAGUCCUGGCUGCUGUCGAAAACCAAAGAGCUAACCGAUCUGAUGGACAGGGAGGAGACAGCCGAGAACAAGCUCAAAGCCUUACAAGCUCUGGACGACAGCGUGGCGGGCGAGGAGAAGACCCUGCAGCACAUCGAGGGGUUGUCGGAGGCGGUGAGAGGCAACACCUCCCCUUCUGGGGCGGAGGUGGUGGUGGAGGAGGCGGAGGAGCUCAGGCUUGGCUGGCAGAGGCUGAGGCAGGGCCUGUGUGAGAGCGAGGAAGGCCUGCGCUCCAACCUGGACUCCCACAGUCAGUACAUGGCCCGCUGCCUGCGGCUGGGGGAGGACAUCGGACACCUGAGGGUGCUGCUUGGGGGCCUGGACCAGGAGCUGGUGGAGGGCAGGGACCCGACCGACCGCACCGAGGAGCAGAUGGUGGGCCAGUGGAGGAAAUACACAGGUGUGAGGAACACUCUGGCAGGGGAGGAGUCCCAGGUGGAACUACUGAAGGCUCAGCUCAAAGAGCUGUUCAGGUUCUCUGAGGACUCACGCCACCUUUCUGAUGAUGUCCUGGCUGUUGUCAAAGAACAUCAGAGUGCGAAGAGCAGAGCGACCAGGCUGUGCUCAGAGUCCGAGUCGGGGCUGAAGAACAUCCUGCUGGACCCUCUGCUGGUCUUCGCUCAGUGGAGCCACAUGGUGUAUCAGGUUCUGGAGAAUUCUGCUGAGGUGACUGACUUCUCCAACAACGCCAUGAUGGUUCAGAACAUAGAGCGGCUGCUGCGGGACAGUGUGCAGCUGCAGGAGCGUCUGAGCCUGCUGCAGGUGAAGGGGGAGCUGCUGGACUCGGUAUUCGGUCCUGAGAAAGCCGACGGUCUGCAGGGAGAGCUCACAGCUGCCGUCAGGAACAGAGAGCUGCUGCACACCCAGCUGCUGCAGAGGAAGAGCCGGCUGCAGGGCUUAAUCUCCAGAACCAAGGACUUUCAAGACGCCUAUGAUUCGAUCCGCUCCAAGCUGUCAGGUCUCCGGGACCAGCUGGUGGCGGCUGACUGCCUGCAGCCCGACAUCCUGGCUAAGAAGAGCCAGUCUGACCAGUUUACGGUGAUCCAGAAGGACCUGGAGGACUGCGAGGCCCACAUCACAACGCUGGAGACUCUGGUGUCGUCCAGUCCCAGCAACAGGACUCAGUUUGAGAGGCUCUACGCCGACUGGAAACAUCUGCACACAGCAGCCCGGCUGAAGGUGCCAGAGAGCGAGGACAGCAUCGCAGACCAUGAGAGCUUCCACGACAGCCUGCUGAACAUGGAGAAGUGGCUGAUGAUCAUGAAGCAGAAGCUGGAGUCCUUCCACAGCCAAUCAGGAGAGUGGAGCAUCGAGGGCCGCCAGCAUGAAGCCGAGAGAUUGCUGGGAGAGUUUCCAGAGAAGGAGCUCAAGCUGCAGCAGAUGGAGGUCCAGGUUCAGGGGGUCCUGGAGAGGACGUCAGAGGAGGGGCAGGUCCACAUCCUGCGGGACAUCAAGCGCCAACAGGAGUCCUGGCUGGCCCUGAAAAACAUGAGCCUCAACCUACACAGGCUUGUGAACAGCUCCAGACACCAGACAGACUUUGCCUCAUGGAGCAUUGGAGGUCCUUCUGCAGACCCCUCCAUCGCAUCACCGCUCACAGUGCGGGGGGCCAUGGCUAGCUUUGGGUCUGCAAGAGGAGUAAACCUGGAGGGAGAGACAGGAGGGUUGGGGGAAGCAGUGAAGGGGGGGCUGAUCCAGAGCCAUCACGGUGACGGUCACCUCCUCCUGUUCGCUCAAGACAACGCACUCAGCUCAGCCAGCACAGGAGAGGACAGAGGACAGAUCGGAGACACCGUGGAUUCUUCUGCCUGGAGUGUUUACAGCAGAGCCGGACAGAAAGGAUCCACAGACCCCCCCCACAGUGAUAAAUCAGCAGGGGCCGCAGACAGAGGAGCAGCUUUAACCAUAAAGGCAGGCGGAGGACAGUACCAUUCCAGGAGGGAGGAGUUUGAGGCCUGGCUGUCCAAAGAGAGUGCUCUCCUGUCAGGGAUCUCCAGCAGCAGAGGGGCCAAACUCAGCGCCAAGGACCUGAAGACCAGACAGGACACGCUCACCGCUCUGAGAGCAGGGCUGUCCUGGGGGCAGGAGCACUUCCAGCUGCUGCUGCAGGAGAGACAGAGCGCUCAGGCUGGCUCUGGAUCAGCAGAAGAUGUGGGUCUGGAGGAGCUGCGCUACCGCUGGAUGCUCUACAAGUCCAAACUGAAGGAUGUGGGGGAGCUCCGGACCAGGGCCAUGAAAGUCCAAGCGCAACAGGAAGAGCCGGCCGUCGCAGCAAAGGUGCAAAAGAAGGCGGGGCUGUGGCAGCGGGUGUGUCGGCUGGCCCUCCCCCUGUGGCUCCUGCUGCUGGCUCUGCUGCUGCUGGCCUUCUUGCUGCCCUUCAUGGACGAAGGCAACAGCUGCUCCCUGACCAACAACUUCGCCCGCUCCUUCAACGUCAUGCUCCGCUACAACGGGCCCCCCCCCACAUAGCAAAAGCCCCCUAUCACUCACUAUACCGGACCAUGGUUGAUCAGGUGACCCUGUCCUUGGAUUACAGAGCACAAAGAGGAACAAGAAAUCUCAAGCUUAAUCUGAAGGCUUUGCAACAAAUCAUAUUUUAUAAAGGUAUAUUCUUAUAUUCAUAGCAUAAUGCUUUACACAUUCUGGACUACGCCGUCAUGCUUCUAUGCAGUUAAAAGAUCAUUAUACAUUAACUGUCAUAAGUUCUUAGAUAAUGGAAUAGAAAUGAUGUUAAUCUAAACUUUAAAUAACUUUAAUAUUCCACUCUAACCCAUCAUCAUUAGUGUAAUGCUGACAUCAUGACAGAAAGACUCUGAGUGUUGGUAUAUCCAGAGAUUGUUUACAUAUUUUUCGUGUUGUGACUACUUGCCAAAUUUACAAUUUUAAAGAUUAGUUCUUGGGGCUUUUUAUCUUAAUACUGUAAUUAGAAGACCUGUUGAGGGACAGGAAGCGGGGGUGAAAUGCCUCAAAGGGCCGCAGGUUGGUAAGGCCUUUGAAAACAGAACGAUAGAGGGUUCAGUUUGAGCACCGAACUAUUAUGGUUAUAAAAAUGUUUGAUAUUUUUACGAGAUCCAAAUAACAGAAAUAGACAUGCAAAGCUUCGGCCAAUGCUAUGUAGCAAUGUAAGAUAACUAUUUUGCGAUGAACUACAUAGAGAAACUUUUUAUUUGUAAUGGUUAUUUGACAUUUUUUUAAAGGUCUCCUUUUAUGCCUAUGUUAUAGGUCUCAAAUAUAAAACAUGUCUCUGAUGUGUUUUGCUCAAAAUACCAAACAGAUCGUGCAUUUUAGCAUGUCGGCUAACCCUCUGUUUCAGCCCUGUUUUCGAAAGUGCUGAUUCUGUGACUUUCCCUUUCAUUCAAAUGAGCUGAAGCUGGCCACGCCCCUUUGGAGCGUCAUGCAGCUCUCUGUCUGAAGAGAGACGUUUUUCUAACGGAGAAACUCAGCUAAACUCUGCCGUGAUUAAACCCCAUAUUAUGUUCCAAACCACAUCCAGCAUUAUUUCUGAAACACUUCUCAGUGGUUACCACUAGAACAGAGACAUUAUAUGUAUUAUAUAUACAACAACUCUAAGUCCCUCCUGCAGACAUCCUGCUGAACACACAGACACACAGAGGUGCUGCGGAGGGGAUUCAGAUCGCAACUGUAUAUGGCGGAUGAUAGGUUGAGAUGUGUCACGUGGGGGGGACUUUUCCAAGAGUUCAAUGUAAAGCCAGCCCACAUUUUGGUUAUGAUGUCAUAACUGAAGCAAAUCUGGAUCAGCUCGUUUGUACCCCCGUCUUUAGAGAUGUGGGAAUGGAGGAAAAGAGAGAGGGUUGUAUUUUCUGACACUUUGUGAGUCUCCUUACACACGGGGACACAUGUUUAUGUAUAAAAGACAUCAAAAAGUGCAUUUUGCAUAAUAGGGGACCUUUAAAAGGACAUUGUGUGUUCCUCUUAUAACAACAUCCACCAGUGCUGUCCCUGUGUGUUCAUACUGAGAGCUGAGGACCCAGCUUUAGCACGUGUAUGAUUUCUUAGCGUUUUUCACACUGUAUCAUCAGUUUUUCCAGCCUGGCACCACAAUUUACAAACUCCAGGGCUGAGGAGUAAACUUAUACAGAAGUGCCAAAAACUGCAGCUCCAUGAUGACCACUCUGACCCCCGAGACCCCCAUGUUAUAAAGGUAGAAAUAAACGUUUGCAGCCAGGUACAAAAAAACUGUUUAGGUCUCCACCUCCUGUUAUCACAUGGAUCACAACUGUAGGGUAGGAACAUUUUCAUACAACACAUCCAUUUAAAUGAUAUGAAGGCUUAAACUUAGGGGCCUGGCCACUUUGAGGGACAGGUGAGAGUCGUCUCAGGUUGCUAGCUGCUAGCAAUGUUGCUAUGUUACCUAAGUACACCUCAAUAUUAUCGAAAAUGCUGGUAUUUAGAUGAGUCGAGAGUCAAAGGGUGGCAUCACUGCAACAAGGGUGACAGCCAGGGCUUCACAGCGGCUCUCCCGUGGGUGACCUCACAGAAUCUGUCCGGCUUUAGCAAGGCAGCACAAUCCACAUGAAUGGACACAUACAAAUAUCCCAAUCAGAGAGGGGCAAUUCGUGCUAAAUUUACUUUCAGUUCAGCGGUACACAUCAAGAAGGAUAUUAUGGUAUGUUUACUCUUACCAUUUUAAUUGAUGUAAUAAUCUGAAGGUUUGUGUUUAGCCAAAUAUUUGUUAUCUUUGUUUAAAUCCUGUCAGCUAUGAUGUACUGAACGCCUAGUGAAUACUGAGGUGAUAUAUAUGCUUUACUCUCAUGUCAGUAGGGUCAAGCUCUUCUUCUUCUUUGGUUUUUCUUUUGUAGCUGUACCAGAGACUCCUGAGAGCAGUAGUUUUCUUAUCUUCUGAAGCUGCUACUUUGGCUCGAACACGGCAAGAACUCUGUUCUCCGGGUGCCAACACAGAACUGUACAGCUUGGCAAUCCUCUUUUUGUGCAGACACAAAAUAAUUUCAAUUGCUUUUUUUCUCCUUCAUUCCACACACAGCCCUAAAAAUACACCCAACACCUCCACACACCCUCACACACACCUCCCCUAUUUUUCCUGGGUUUGUGUGUGUUAUCGAUCUAUCAUGCUGCCGUUGGCAACAGUGCCCAAAUCAGGUGUAUCUAUUUUUCUGAAGCCACGUUUGUUGUUUUUACAUUAUAUCUGGAAUCAUGGCAAGGAAACGCAUCAUCUUUUGUCUUCGUGUUCAUCCUUUCCUAGUUUAUUCUGCUCAACCAGAACACCCAAAACAGAGAGGUCCCUGAACGUUACACACAAAUACUUUUUAUGCUGUGUUCACAUGAUUCUGAAAAAUAGGUUUCCCUUUGAUUGGACAGCCUUGAAAUCUAGCUGUAGGUUAUGUAACAGAAAUGCAGAUUGAGUGCUUAUACUAGAGCUUACCCUGUCAUCACAAUUUUUAUCAAUUGAAAUUAUUACAGAUGCUUUCUCACAUUACCUUUUUUCCUCAGAGAGUCAGUUCUUUUUAGCCACCAAGAAGAGUACAAGGAAUAUUUAUAGAUCAGUCUACCAUAUGUGUUUUCAUUAUACAGUAAAAAGUGAGUUUCAGUAUUCAUGUUGAAAGUACAGUUACUUUAUAUAUCUACCUGCUCAAGAUAGACUACAGGCUCAUUUAUAACUUCUGUUCAUUUGGGGACAUUACAAAGAAAUGAUUACAGUUAAGUGCAGCAGUACAUGUAUAUGUAUUCUUUCUUUUCCCCAGGCUUGGUAUUGUUCAUAUUAUUCUAAAGGUGUUUUCACACGGUAUUUCGAACAGUUCUAAAAUCAGCAUUUACUGUAGCUGAAAAGCAUUUUUUCUUAGUCUUUUGUUCAGGCACUGUAAGGCAGAGGUGAACACAUUGGCCCCAGAUGGCAGCCAUCAUUCUAAAGAAUCAUCUUCACGGGAUAAAAGAAUGUGUAAAGAUGCAACGUCAUGUAUUAUUGAAGAUAAAGUACCAUGGCCUUAAAGCUUUAAGCCAGUCAGCCGUGCCAUAUUCAGUUUGCAUUUUCUAUGUAGCUCUGUGCUAUAAACGGUUAUAUUGGCAAGUUUAAUAGAAGGUUUAAUGCUGCAUUAUAUUCUACUGUGCUGCUGCUUAUCCCACCCCCAUCCCACCCCCGCAUCUAUGCAUGUGACGCUUUGAAGCCUUUUGUGUAUAUGAAUACUUUAUGCAACUUAUGAGAUGACUUAAAUCUGAGUGUGUGACAGACAUACAGAAGAAUAGUGCGAGUACACUUAUUAUGCAACAUGUUCUGAACGCUCUCAGAUAGAGGUAUUUAUUCUGGAGAGCUUUUAUAUUAAAAUAAUGAUAUUCUAUUUUAUUAAUGUUUGAGAUGAAAAGCGUCAGAGAGCUUGUGUUUAAGCAAUGUUUUUUUAUUCUGAUGAAAUAAAAGUGCAGUUUGAAUAUUC